AUGAAUGAAAGACCACACUUCCUGAGCCUCACAUCAUACGGUCCUCCGCCUUCCCGGCAAUCCCUACGGCGCCCGGUCCUCCGAGUUCCCGGCAUCCUGUUUGUGUUAGUGAAGAUGGCGACUGUGUUUGAGACCGUGGCGCCGGGUGUGAGCCGCUGCUUCGCUCCUGCUCCGUGUGAGUCCAGUCUCUACCCCGAGUGGAUGAGCCAGGAAGUCAGCACGGGAACAACCAUUAUGGCUGUGGAGUUUGACGGUGGAGUUGUUAUUGGUGCUGAUUCUCGAACUACCACAGGGUCAUACAUCGCAAAUAGGGUAACAGAUAAACUGACUCCGAUUCAUGAUCUGAUUUUCUGUUGUCGCUCAGGAUCUGCAGCAGAUACCCAAGCAAUUGCAGACGCAGUGGCCUAUCAGCUUGGUUUCCACAGCAUUGAACUUGAUGAACUUCCACUCGUGCAGACAGCUGCUAAUUUAUUCAAAGACAUGUGCUACAAAUACCGAGAAGAGCUGAUGGCUGGCAUCAUUGUUGCUGGGUGGGAUAAAAGAAAAGGUGGACAAGUGUACACUGUUCCAAUGGGGGGCAUGAUGGUCCGGCAGCCAUUCUCCAUUGGUGGCUCUGGAAGUACCUACAUCUAUGGCUAUGUCGACUCCUCGUAUAAACCUGGAAUGACAAAGGAGCAGUGCUUAGAUUUUACAGCAAAUGCUCUUGCACUUGCAAUGGAUCGAGAUGGGUCAAGUGGUGGGGUGAUUCGCCUAGCAGCCAUCACUGAAAAAGGAGUUGAGCGCAGUAUCAUCUCAGGGCGCCAACUGCCAAAGUUUCAUUCGGCAUGAAGUGGAUGGCAAGAGCAAUUCAACACUUGUUUUCAAUAUUUCUUCAUUGUCAAUUAGAUUUCAUUUGAUGUAUUAUGCAGUAUACAGCAGCAUUUAAAGGCUUCCAGUAAAAACCUUCAGGAAAUAUUAGAAAUGAAAUUAUUCAAAAGAAUAUUGUUUGAAAGUUUGUAAUAUGACGCUAUGUAACUAUUGUAUUAGGAAAUGUUAUGCUUAGAGAAGAACUAUGAGCAUCUAGCAAUUAAACAACAGAACUAUGCCACAG